CAUAAACAACAUUUAGAGUGGAAUAGCCGCCGGAAUUUAAACCCACAUAAUAAUUCUCGAUGGCGACGAUUUUGGCUCUUGCGGUGGUUUUCUUGUGUUCACUGACGGCGACGGAAGGUCAAGGCGGGCAGAUAAACACGGGGGUUUUCAUUUAUGACCAACCGGAUUGCGGUGAAUGGAAACCUUGCCCUAAGCAGCCGGCGAAUCCAUAUACCAGGCCUUGCUUGGCGAUAAACCGAUGUCGUACGGGCAAUGCUGGAGCAAUGACGUCAUCCGCCGACGAGAUCGGUGAUGAGAGACAUCAUGACGUGGUGGACCAAAUGGGUGAUGACCACGAAGACAACAGUAUCGCGACGGUCAACGAGCAUGCUGAGAAAGAUGACGGCAAAGUUCGUGAUAACAAAAGGGGUAGGAAGCUCAUGAGGAAGAGUAGCAAAUAGCAAUCUAGAGGUUGCAAGUUUAGUUUAGAGUCUUUCUUUUUUCUUUUUUUGUCUGGGUUUAGUUUAGAGUCUUAAUUAAUUAACACGUACAAUAAAUUUCUUAUCGUUUU